CGGCGCGCGUCUCAAGGCGAUGGCGGAGCUCGACCCGAUCAAGGCCAUGAAGACGGCGUUCGACGAUGCCAAGACGCCCAAGACGCUCAAGACGCCGAAAUCGUCGGCUGCGACGCGCCAGUUUUUUGUCCAAGUGCUUUUGCCCGACGCGCCCGCGUUCUCGGCCAAGAUGUCGACCAAGGAGGCCUACAAGGAGCAUUUUACUGCGCUGCUCGUCGCCGAAGCCCAAGCCGCGGUCGCCUCUGGGAAACAAACGUUGCCCGCUACUUUCACCGGACUCGCAGCUUCGUUCGAAGGCGUCUCGGACCCCAACGUGGCGACGUUCAAGACGCUCGGCAAGAACUCGAUCAUUUCUGGCGACGUCGUCCGCCUCAAAGUCGACAACGCGCGACAUGCGAUCGGCAUCGUCGAGCGCGUGUACGGGCCCAUGAUCGACAUCGUCCUCCUCCAGGCGGACAAGAAGGCGCUUAACCUCCCGAAGGCCAAGGCGAUCGAAGCCAAGGUGAUCACGUCGCUGGUGACGACGCUGCGGAUGCUGGACGGCGUCGGCUCCGUCGACAAGUUGCCCGAGCACUUGCGCGACGUCGUGCUCAACCAGUCGAGCGCCGCCGCGACCGUCUCGGUGCUCAAGGCUGCUGCGACAACCCUGCGCGACGUUAUGCAGAAGUCGACCGGGUUGCCCAAGACGCCGACCAAGGGCAAGGGCAAGCAGUCGGUCAAGAAGACGAAGAUGCCCACGGACGACGAAGACGCCGUGCUGACGCUCUUGACGGACCUCGUCAAGAUGAAUUUGUCGGUCGAAAGCCUCGAGGUGACCCAGAUCCACGAGGUCGUGGCCGAGCUCGUCGACAAGGCCAAGGCGCCGACCGAAGAUAUUGCGAUGGCGGCGGCCACGCUCGACAACUUUUACAAGUUGCUCCUCACGCCAUUGCUCUAUGACGUGGACCGCUCGGUGGCUGGGCUCCUCGCGUCGGUGAUGAACUCGUCGCAGUUCCAGGCGCUGCGUCGCGGCCUCGGCAACCUCGAGACCGGUAUCUCGCUUUGGAAGGGGCCGCCGGGUACUGGCAAGACGACGACGAUCUGCGCCCUGCUCUCAGCUCUCCUCUCCAAGGCCUCGCCGUCCAAGGGCCGGCUCCCGAGUGUCCUCGUGACCUCGGAUUCGAACGCCGCGAUCGAUGAGAUCAUCGAGCGCGUCUUCUCGGUCGGCAUCUACCUCGUCGGCCACCCUGCAAAGGUCCAAGCGCAACUGCCGCGCCCGAAGGAUCUGCCGCAGCCCGCGCUCACGGCCGUCAAGAUGGGCAGUCGACAUGGCGCGCGGGACAUUGGCCUCGCGACGGCGGCCGAGCACUACAAGGCCGAGAUCAACGACGCGCUCCGCCAGCUUCCCGCCAACGACAAGCGCGUCAUGGACCUCCACGUCGAGAAGGACCGAAGCAAGUCGGAGCUCUUGGCGCGCAUUGCGGACAAGGCCAACAUCGUCUUUGCGACGCAUUCAUCGUGCGCGGGUUCCGACAUGGCGAUCAAGCUCCGGCAAUCGGGCUUUGACGCGGUCAUUGUCGACGAGGGCGGCCAAGCCACCGAGCCGAGCUCGCUUCUCGCGCUCCUCGCGCAGGCCGGUCGGUUCUUUUUCGUUGGCGACACCAAGCAGCUCGCGCCGACGGUGCUCAGCAAGGCUGCAGAGGAGCACGGCUUGGCCGUCUCGCUCAUGGAGCGCUUGGAAGGGUAUCUGCCCGUGACGAUGCUCAACGAGCAACACCGCAUGCACCCCUUUAUGAGUGCAUUCACGACCAAGGCGUUCUACGACGGUGGCUUGACGGACGCGCCGGCGAUCGCGCGACGUGUGCUGGCCCAAGACCCGGCCAUGUACGCGCACCCGAUGUUCCAGCCGCUCACAGUCGUCGACAUUGCCGGUGUCGAGAAGCUCGUCGGCACGUCCAAGUACAACGACGCCGAAGCUACGUUUUGCAUCGACCAGAUCGAGCAACUCAUGAUGACAUACCCGCGCGUCCAGAGCGGCGAGUGGAGCAUCGGCAUCAUCACGCCGUACAAGCCGCAAGUGCGCAAGCUUGUGGCCGCCAUUGACGCCAAGAUGGCGACUACGAUGAUGGACCCCAAGCCGUGGGCCAGCAUUGAGGUGUCGUCAGUCGACGGCUUCCAAGGCCGCGAGAAGGACAUUAUCAUCGUGUCGUGCGUCACGAGUGGCAAGAUGGGCUUCCUCGCCGACGACCGCCGCACGAACGUCAUGACAUCGCGCAGCCGCCGCUUCUGCCUCAUCAACUGCAAUGCCUCGGCGCUCCAAGGCCACGCGACGUGGCGCAAGCUGUUGGCGCACGCCAAGCACAAGUGCGCGUUUGUCGACGCCGGCACCAAGAGUUUUGCGGCCGUGUGGGCCGAGACCGAGGCGGACGACGACCUCAAGGCCCGCGUCUUCCACCAGCACGCGACGCUCCGUGCGACGCUCGAGCAACGCGAAGAAGAAAAGGCCGACCCGAACGAGGAAGAGAAGAAGGCCCCGGACGAGCAAGAGACCAAACACGAGACGCUUUAUGACGCCAAGCGCAAGCGCCGCGACAGUCCCAAGGUACGUCUCUACUACAACGCCUUGGAUCUCAUUUGUCUCGGCCACUAG